GUUGAUCGCCACCAGCAGCGCGCGCAUAUCGCUCUGGGUCUUUGCUGUAGGGUGUGUCGCAGCCCCUCAAGUGUACUUUCCGAGGAAGGAUCGCUGUUGAUCCGCCGCGUGUCGUGAACAUUCGCCAGCAUCAUGGAAGACUUUGAGGGUGAACAGGAUACUGCCUUUUCCGUGGAGGACGUGAGUGCCAUCAUCAAGGAGUCGAUUGAUCAGAGCAUUGGCCAGAGCUCGUACCAACACUCCAAGGUCAACCAGUGGACAUCCAAUGUGGUGGAACAGUGCCUUAAGCGCCUGACUGGGCUGGGCAAGCCCUUCAAAUAUAUCGUGCACUGCGUCAUUUUGCAAAAGAACGGUGCAGGCUUGCACACUGCAUCAUCCUGCUUCUGGGACAACUCCACGGAUGGCUCGUGCACGAUUCGGUGGGAAAACAAGACGAUGCACGUGAUUGUCAGUGUCUUUGGCCUGGGCAUCUAAGGCCACCGGCUGGUCCAGGUGUAGCGCACCCAUCUUGUCUCACGUCCCGGCAAAGCGUGUCCGGUCCUUUCUCGUUCCAUCAUUUCCUCUUGUCUCUUCAUCGGAGCCGUCCAUGUCGCUGCUCCGCCACGAACACAUGUUUGUUUCUUGUGUUGCCGCGCCAAUUGUACAUGGCGCGAGCGCGCAGCGCUCGAUUAUGGCGUCUAUAUCCAGCGAGUGCCGUGCGACCGAACCUUGUUGAUGUGGCGCAUGGGCAGCCACUCUGGUGCUGC